AUGAAUUGUAUUGAACAACUUAGACAACUUAUUCAAGAACUUUGUUGUGUUUUUGAUGAAAGAAAAGGAUGUAAUAUAAAAGAUGUCAUUUUAGAUAAUACAACUGAAAAAAUAUUAAAGUCAUUUGUAUCAGUAGAUGAAUUAAAUUCAUAUGGAGUAUUACGUUUUAGAAUUCUUUCAAAUAUAAUAAUCAAUAAACAACCACAAUUAGAUAGAAUUGGUAUAUUUAUAUUAACAUUUAAUGAUAAUAAUAUUCAGUUAUUAAAGAACCAUUUACACGACAAAGUGUAUUGGAAAGAGUCUAUUAUUUUUACUCAAACUGGAGUAUUAAAUGAGAACAUAAUUAUGGAAUUAAAUAUUGCUGAUAGGUAUAAUGUUAUUAAUAAUAUUGAAUGUGUUGAUAUUAAUUGGAAAUAUGUUACUCCUCGUUCAUUUAUUUCAGCUUCAAAUGAUAUUGAUUCUUUAACAUCAUUCAUUCAAGCUCAUAAUAUAAAUCCAAUAAUAAUUACUCAAACUUCUUGUUGUCAAACAAGAACACUUGCAAUAGACUUAAAAAAGAGAUUAAAUAAAAAAGAAGGUGAGCCAUGUAUUUUAUUAUUAUUAGAUAGAAGUAUUGAUGGAUAUACACCACUUUAUAUCUCAAGAUCAAUGUAUUCUUUAUUUAAUGAAGUGUAUGGAAUUAAUGAUUCUUUCGUUAAUUUUCCACAACAAGAAAAUAAGGUUUUUCAAUUUGAUUUUGCAGACCCUUUUAUUAAUUCAAAUUAUGACGUUCUUCCAGAAGAAUUUAUUAAUAAUUAUUGUCAAAAACUACAAGCAUGUUCACCAAGUCAAGUAAUACGUCAAGCAAUAGAAGAAAUGAUAUUAAAUCCCAGUAAAGAAAUUACUACAAAAGAAUUAUUUAAUAUAAACAAUUUUAGUAAAAGAGUAUCAACCCAAGAACAGAUUAGUAAAAUAAUUCCAAUAAUAAAUGAUGCUAAAGAUGAAUUUAAUAAAAAAUAUAGUUUAGAAGAACUUGAAUGUCAACAAUAUUUCCAUAUUAAUCAAAAAACUCCACGAGAAGUGAAUCAAAACCUUUCAUUAAUGAUGACAUUAUAUAACCAAAAGACAGAUAAUAAUAAGAAUAUCCUAUCAGAAAGAAUAAAUAUGAAAUGUGGACCAACUCAUCAAAUACUUCCAUUAUUUCAACUAAAUCCUUUAUUUAAUGAUAAAGAAUUUCAUCCAUUAAUAACACGUAUUGUAGCAGAAAAGAAAAUGAUAUUCAAUAAAUCAUUUGAACUUAUUCUUGGAACAAUAAAUGAAGAUUUUAAUUCAAAUAAAAUGAUAAUUUGGAUUAAUGGUGGAUUUACACCAUUUGAAGAGAUUGAACUUCACAAAACAUUAUUAAAGAUGAAAAGUUCAACAGAAGUAAUUCUUGGAGGAAGUCAAUUAUUAAAUACUGAAUUAUAUUAUCAAUGGUUAUCCAAUGAAUAA